UGUGUUUGCCAUAUCGGGGAGCAGCCAGUUCCCCCACUAAGCGACUUUCAGUCCCAGUAAAGAAGAGUGAGUGGUUUCGUUAAGUGCUAAGUGUGUCUGUACUUAGAGACUGGACGUGUUUUCCCUACAAAAGAACCAGGAGAUAUUUAUUCAUAAGAGUAACCAGACAAGAGAAACAGUGAUGAAAGUGAACGGAAGUGCAUGAGACGAAAAAUACCCUUUUUUGUUUCCUAAUUUCCCCAAGACACCUUUUCUUUGCGUCUUCUAAAAUCUAGUCAGCAUGACGACUUCCUCUUGGUAUCGUCGAUCCGUGUGGAGUUACAAAGGGAACAGGGAGUACACCAAAAGUGGCUACGACUUGGCCAAAGAAAGAUUUAUCGCAGAUGAUCUCGACGUCGAUUGUUCAGACCGGCACUAUGUCAUUACGGGCUCCAACAGUGGUAUUGGCCUGGAAAUCACGAGAGAGGUAGCGAAGAGAGGAGGCGUGUUGCACAUGGUCUGUCGCAACUUCGAGGCUGCAAAGGCUGCCCGCUCAGACAUCAUCACCAACACAGGCAAUGACAAAAUCCACAUCCACACCCUCGACCUGGCUAGACCCACGGAAGUGAUGAAGUGGGCGCAGGAGUUUGCUGCCACGCACGAAAAAAUCCACGUCCUUGUGAACAACGCCGGCUGCAUGGUUCACGAAAGAAGGAUAGACGAAGAUGGCAUCGAAACUAACUUCGCUGUCAACACUUUAUCCGUACACAUUAUCACCAUGAACCUUCUGCCUGUUCUACAGAGGAAUGAGGAUGCUAGGGUGAUAACCGUUAGUUCAGCAGGAAUGUUAACAGUAAGGCUAGAUCCAAUUGACAUCAUGCACGAAGACAUGGAACCUUUCAACGGACGGUUGGUCUACUCUCAAAACAAACGUCAGCAGGUUGUAAUGACUCUGUGGUAUGCUCAGAGAUUCGAGAAAGUACAUUUUUCUGUCAUGCACCCUGGCUGGGCAGACACUCCUGCAGUUAGGACUUCUAUUCCUGAUUUUUAUGAAAUGAUGAAAGAUAACUUACGUACUCCAAGUGAAGGUGCUGAUACAGCAGUGUGGCUUGCCAUCUCAAAAUCUGUUUUAAAACACCCAAGUGGACUUUUUUACCAAGAUCGAGAACCUGUAUCAACACAUUUACCCCUUGCUUGGACAAAAUCAUCAAUUGAAGAGGAAAACCUUUUCAUGCAGAAAUUAAUGUUACUUAUGCAAAAGAUUUCCAAUAAAAUUUCUCCUGAACAAAUAGAGGUCAACGGUGAUAACAAUUCUGAGGUAAAUGCACACAUUCAUACAAAUGGAGUAAACGCUUCUCUUGAAUCAAGUAACACCAGCCCAAACAAUGUCCAAGAACUUAGUGCUUCUCUAAAAGAAGUUUCCUUAAAUAAUGAAAAUGGCAACCUUUCAGCAAAGGAAGAAGUGGAAGAUGACCAAACUGAAAAGCAAUCCCAAGUACCAGUAGAAGAUAUCAAGUCAGAAGGUCAAGCACCAGAUGCAGAAGAAUCUGCUGAACUCCAAAAUGCUGAAGCCCCAUCACCUGAAAUAGAAGAUAUAUCUCCUAUUCAAAAAGACUCAGUUAGUAAGGUUCUAGAAGAUUCUGGAAUUGAUUCUAGGGAGGAAGAGGCAGGAGAAAAAGCAGAUGAAGCAUCUGUAAACAAGUCUGACACUUCAUCAGUAGGGGAAGAGGAACCUGCUGCACAAACUGAUGAAAAGGUUGAAAAAGAAGUUACACCAAGCCCAGUACCCAAUGAAAUAAAAAACCCUGAAACUGAUUCAACAACACCUGAUAAAAAGGAUGAACCUGAACCAGAAAUUAUACAUGAUAAAAAUGAGGCUUCCAAACUAGAAACCAUACCAGAUAGUACUAGUGAUAAUCCCAAAGAAACCCCACCUUUGGAGGUAGUAUCAGGGACCCCUAAUAGUACAGAAGAAUUUAAAGAAGAAAGAAAUGACUCAAAACCAGAAACCCCACAACCUGGUGAAAAGGAAGAACCUAGAGCCAACAUAAAAGAAGAAUCACCUCAGAAUAAUGAGGCUUUGCCUUCUGAAGAUGGGGAUUCGGCAUCAAGACCAAUUACAUCCGAAUCAAGAGCUGAUGCUGAUGUGGAUGCAAGCCUCACAUCAUCUCCAACACCUACAGACCAAACAUAUCUGAGUGCUACCAGUGUAGUUGAACAUUUAAUUGAUAUUACAGCAGCAAAAGCAGGUGAUCCUUAGUAUUUGUAGCCAGGCUAAAUGAUGCUGUAGCCAUUUUUCUAACUGUGCAAUUUUAUGGCAUUUCCAUUGACAAGCAUUUUGUGGCUUGCGCUGUAUACCUAUCAUAUGAUAUCAGGAUAAACUAAACAAAAAUGGGAGUGUAAAUAAAUUUCCCUUCAGAUCAGAUAGGUUUGAAGUUUGUCAUUAUUCAAAAAAACUACUUUCAAUUGAAAAAUACCUAUUGUAAUUAAAGUACAUACGUACUACUACAAAUUGGGGAUUGUGAUAAGAAAUCUUGUGAAUUGUAUUGUCAGUGUGAAUAGUAUAAUGUGUUUACUAUGUAAACUAGCAUUUAAUAUGUAGUAAAUUGAAAAUACUGUACGUACUAUAUAUUUUCUGCAUAUAGUUCUAAUAUUAUUUGCAAUUUGAUACCAAUUCUACUUUUCUUCAUCUAGUGUUUUAUGCCAAAGCAUUUAGUUCUAGAAAGCUAUUUUGUAUGGUAUUUUGACUUAAAAUAAAUCUAACACAGUCAAAUGCUAAUGAAAUUAGUUGUAUAUAUCUUUUAGUACUGUCAAUUUUUCUAAAAUUGUAUGAAUGAACCUGAGUGUUACCAUAUAAUAAAAUAUAUAACAUUA